CAACGCGAGAAAAAUUAGUAUUUUUGCACUUCAACAAAUUAAUGACCAUGAGUUCGUUUUUGAUAAACUCCAACUACAUCGAGCCCAAAUUCCCGCCCUGCGAGGAGUAUUCGCAGCACAGCAGCGCCAGCAGCAGCAGCAGCACCUACCACCACCACCAGCCGCACCUGCACCAGCACCCUGCGCACCCGGGACAGUCUCUCCCCGACUACUACCAGCGGCCCAGCAGAGACCCUGGAUACCAGCCACCACCGCCACCUCCUCCUCUUCCCGAGGCGCUCUACCCCGCGCAGCCUCCCGGCUACCCCGAGGCACCCUACAGCUACAGCAGCGCCAGCGCCAACCCGGGCCAGGAGCAGCCACCCCCGGGCGCCUCUCCUCCACCGCCUCCACCACCACCACCACCGAAGGGGCACCAUGUCCAGUCCCAGCCCCUGCUCCAAAGCCACGUCCUGCAGCACCAGCGCCACUGCGAAGCAGCCCCCGCCGCAGGGGCCGGGGCCAGCCCAGGCUGCCCCCUCCUGCCUGACAAGAGCCUGCCUGGCCUCAAAGGCAAAGAGCCCGUGGUCUACCCCUGGAUGAAGAAGAUCCAUGUGAGCACUGUCAAUCCCAAUUACACUGGAGGGGAACCCAAGAGGUCUCGAACUGCCUACACCAGACAACAAGUCUUAGAGCUGGAGAAGGAGUUCCAUUUUAACCGUUACCUGACCAGGAGGCGACGCAUUGAGAUAGCACACACACUUUGUCUCUCGGAGCGCCAGGUCAAGAUCUGGUUUCAGAACAGGAGGAUGAAAUGGAAGAAAGAUCACAAACUGCCUAACACUAAGAUGCGCUCCUCAAACCCAUCCACUGCUAGUCAGCAAGCCAAAGCACAGACACAGGGCCACCACCAUCAACUCGAUGGGUCAACACCCAACUCAUCAGCCCUAUCAUGAUUUUUAUAUUUGUUUUUUCAGUUGCCUAGUUUUGUUGUUGACCAUUUGGACCAAAACAACUGUAUACAGAAUCAGAAGAAACGUGCCCUGUGCAGGGAACAUGUUGAAACCAAAACCUGGACAAAUUGUCUACAUUGUACAGACAUAAUGGUUCCAUUCCCAUCAUUCUUUUGUAUUUAUGAAAAUACGCUGUACCUUCAGUGUCACAGGGUGCUGGAUGCUGUAAUGGAUGAAUUAUGUACUCAAGAAGGACUCUUUUGUACAUAACACUUUAAAAAUAAAAUACAGUUAAAACAAUAACUCAUGAGACACUUGGUGUAAGACAUUGACUUGAGUUGUGUUGUUUCGUGCAAUGUUCGUGGAUUCUCCAGUAUAUGCAGACAGAAGAAACCACAUUUUAGGUCAUGGAGAUUUUAUGAAAACUGUCCCAUUACAGUCUGACAGGCAAUGUUUAAUGUAACAAGAGUUAUUUAAUUGUUUUUAAGCAUAGCCAUUGCGGUAGUUGUGAUAUAAUCGUUUCCCCCAUGUCUCCUAUUGCAUUUAUUUAAAAAUAUUAAAGGCUGUUGCUGUCUUCAUAUCUGGCACGUCUGUCUGUUUCGGUUUGUGUACAAUUGGUGAAUUUUGGUGUGAUGUAUAUAUUGCCAAUACUGGUAAUA